GUGUAGGUGGUCUGUUAACACCUGCACUCUAUGCUCUCUGAGUGAGUGAGUGAGUGAGUUAGUGAGAGAGAGAGAGAGAGAGGGAGAGAGAGAGAGACUCCCUCCCCUCUCUCCCUGUCCAGCUCAACUUCCAGCUGUUGUUGCAUUCCUCUACACGUCGCAAUUGGCUGGGGCCGUCGGCUUUUUACGUUUGCAUGUGCUAUGUUUGAAGUGUGUGUGUGUGUGUGUGUGUGUGUGUGUCAGAUGUGACAUCGGAGUAGAACUCUUUCCUAAACAUCCAGAGGUUGCUCAUGCGGCACAGGGAAUGUAUCUGCUGUCAAGAAGGAGACUUUAACCACAAAAACGGAAGAAGUGACAGGAGUUUAUUUAUUUAUUUUUUUUGUUUGUUUUGUUUUAGUUUUUUUUUUUUUUUUCAGGCGACAUAAUCCUGGAUCUUGGAGCAGCUACAUACUUUGCGUCAUUUUCUGCACUAUGGCAGAAGUGGUCAAUCUCGCUUCAAUAAUGGACUCUGAGAUGCUGUUCCAACCAGAGUCAGACCAGAUGUCCCCAGUUGAACCCAAGUCUCCACCUCUGGAUCUGAUCGACACAGGGAAGGGGUUGAAGGUCCAGACAGCUACGCCUCAUCUGGUUAGCCUGGGCAGCGGGAGGCUGAGCGUGGCAAUCACUCUGCUGCCCCUGAAGGAAGGGGUGACCCGCAUAGGCCGGGAAGAUGCUCCAGUUCCUCAAGAUAUCACUAUCCAGGGGCCUGGCAUCGAGGCAGAGCACUGUCUCAUCAUCAAUGAAGGAGGGGUGGUGACUCUGGACCCCUGCGGUCACCUCUGCAGUUUGGAUGGAGUCCAGGUCACUGUGCCAACACCACUCACACAGGGUUAUUCCCUGUGUCUGGGUAAAUCCUACUUCUUCCGGUUCAACCAUCCCGAGGAGGCAAGCAGAAUGAAGAGCAUGCUUCCACAAAAGAGCCCUGUGUCCGCUUUAGCCUACAACACAGACUACCUUAAGUUUAGCAGUGACUAUAGCUAUGCGGUGGCGGGCGGCACCAGCAGUGCUAGGGGCAUGCGAUCAGCCUCUGAGCUCCGGGACUUGAUGGACACCCUGCAGCGCAAGAAGAUUGCCCUGGAGAACAGCCUGAGAGCCAAUGGGAAUGCUAACCCCUCCUACUUCAGCGUGACACAGUCUCCUCCCACCACACCCAUCACGAGUCCUGCCACAUCCUCAUCAGCCUAUCAGGAACAGGCAAGGCGAUUCUACGGCUCAGAUCGUCCACCCUUGUCUUUGAAAUCUGCCCCCCCUCCUUCCCCCGGACGUCGAUCUGAUCCUACUUCUUUCCUGGCCUCCCGGACCUCAGCUGGCGUUAGUGAUAGCCGGCGGCCACACAACCAGGGCUCCUCUCCUUUACUGUCCACAUGGAAUGGUGGAGGCUCGUCAACUUCUGUUGCUGGCAGCGAUAGCACCCUCCUCUCUCUUCCUCCCUCCUCCUCAACCCAUACUCCAUCAGCAGGAGGUGCAGCCAGCAUGCCCUCAAGCCCCCGUCUAGGACGUCGUAGCUGUGGAAACCAGGAGCCAUCACCCAGCAGUCGAACCAGGAAAUACUCAGCAGGCUCGCUGAGUGGGAUGAUGGGAGGAGGGCACAGCCGCUCGCUGCCACGCCUAUGCCCCUCCCCAUCUCCUCAUGACAACAACAACAGAAUGCUGACCUUGUCGACGCUGCCCCCACGCCGAUCUGAUAUUACUGGGAGUUACAAAUUUAGUAGAGACCAUUACAACAACAACAGCCAGAAUGCCAGCCCUGACCUCAACCACAACUCUCCUAUCUCUACCCAGCAUGCCUCCUACAGGAAUCAAAUCCAGACUACAGCUCAGGGAGAGGGUGUUGUGUCUAUCUCCCUCUCCUCUACUAAGAACUUGUCCUCUACCACCCCCCCCACAACAAGCCCACCUGAUGUAACCAUCCCAUCUAGAACAGGGAGCUCCUCUUCCCCUCGUGUGGCCAAAAAACUCAGCCUAACUUCUUCUAGUUCUGUGGCCUCCAUCAGUUCUACAAGUUCCAGCCCUCCAGACCUGGAACGGCUGGUGAGCCAGGGAGUCUCCCAAGGAAUAGAGGUAUCUUUUGGGGACAAGGAGAGGCGAGGUGUAGAUCUAGAACUCACUGGUGCACCAGGGCUUGGUCUUGAAGAGAGGAGGUCGUCCUUUGGGAAGGCAGGACUGGAAUCUGGGAUGGGUUUGGGAGAGAGGAGACUAUCAUUCGGAAAGGCAGGAGUGACUCCACCAGGGGGGUUCAGGGAAAGAAGGGGGAGUAUCAGCUCCCUGAGUGGGAAGGAGGAACUAACUGACUACCAUCAGCGCCAAAAAGAGGAGAGAUUACGUGAGCAGGAGGUGGAGAGACUGGAGCGGCAACGGUUAGAGACUAUAUUGUCUCUGUGUUCUGAGCUGGGCCAGGCUGAGAGGGAUGGCGGUGACACGGCUACAAGUCCCACUUCAGCUGUGGCAGAUCUCCAAAAGAUCAACCAGGAGCUUGAGAAGCUCCAAGUGAACGAUGAUGAUGACGACACGCCAUCUGUCUUUUCAGACUUUUCAGCUGUUUUUGAAACAACAGGGAAUGGACACAUGACCUCUCCUGGAUCGGAGAAUGGUUACUAUGAUGAUGAUCUACAGUCACGACAGAGGCGCAGAAGCGGUCACCGAGACAACAGGGCAGAAUCCCCCACCAUCAGUCUGCGAAGCUUCGCCCCCUCACCUUCUCCACGUACACAGAGGACCAAUGAGGCUUUAGAUGAUGCAGCUCGUCGCCGCAGACCGGAUGUGAGGCCUUCGGAGGAGGAAGUGAGGCAUGUGGAGGAGGAGAGGAUCCAGGUGCUAAACAACAUGGAGGAGCUGGAAAAAAAGAUCAAAGAGCUGGACAACCAAAUGGAGGAAUCUGCACGAGAGGUGGAGGUUGAACGGGCUCUGGUGGAGGCUGAGCAGGAGUCGGAGUUAGCUGCUCUCCAGCACGAAAAAGAUGCUCUGGAAGCGCUUCACAACAAGAUGGCUGAGCUAGAGACAAAGUCCCAACAGGAAAAAGAAAAGGCGUGUGAGUUGCUGCAGGCAGAAAGGGGCAGAGUAGAGAGGUUGGCUCAGAUUGUGUGUGAGCAGCGCUCCCAGCUGGACAGCUGCCCUGAGGCCACCAAGGAGCCCCUGCAGGAGCAGCUAGCCAGGGACUGUGAGGUGCUCGAGGCAGAGACAAAGCGUUUCGAGGACCUGGAGUUUCAGCAGCUGGAGAGAGAGAGCAGGCAGGAUGAGGAGAAGGAGACCCAUACACAGCAGCUCCUGCGAGAGAUUGCAGAUUACCAGCGCAGCACAGUCACGCGCAAGGAGCGACUGUUAACUCUGAAGAAGCAGACAGCACAGAUUACCCAGCAGGCUCAGCGCGAGAAGGAGAGCUUCUUGAGUGAGAGGAGCAACCUUGAAUCAAUGCUGCAAAGGGAGAGAGAAAACCUUGCCACACUGGAAGGAAAACACGCCGACCUCACUGGUGGCCGGGGCUUCACACUAAGAGAGGGCUAUGUCACAGUCAGUGAAAUCAAUGAGCUUUACUCGCAGCUUAGAGGGGACCCUAAACCCGCCCCUGCCCCUGCUCUGGCCAAUGCCUCUCCUGAGUCCGAGGCAAACCCCUCCCCCGACGACGACACCCCCAAACCACCGGAUGACGAGCUCUAUUAUUCCUCCUCUCCUGCCGACUGUCACUCCUCUUCCUCCUCUUCUUCCUCUUCCCAUCUAAAUCCCCGCCCCCUCCCCAAAACACCCUCUGUGCAUUGGCCAGAGAACAUGGUGUCAUAUCGAGACCCCUCUCCCCUCCCUGACUCUCCCCCGCCUCCCCUUCCUGUCAAAAAACACCAUCACCGACACAGGCAGCAUUUCCGUUUUCUGGAGGAGAGGAGGAGGUCGGAGAAAGAAGGUGGAUCUCAUCUAAGUGACACAUUACCCAGGAAGAAAGCCACACCCACCACGACUCGCCACUUCAUGUGUGCAACACUGGGACGCAGUUUCCCUACAAAGUCCCAUCAGCCCCUGGUACAGAGCACAAGUUGUGGCAGCAUUCUACCAAGAAUUCUCUCGUUAUCCAGCAAGGAAACAGAAUCUCGACGCUUGCAAAAAGGUCAGGCUGGCUCUCGAGCAGCUUCUCAGACCAACGUCUACCUCGAUGCCUUUGGAUACCGUGACAACCAGGCCUUUGACACAAUGAGUGUGGAUAGUGCCGACUCCAUUGAAACCAGCAUCUCUGCUUGCUCUCCUGAUAACGUCUCCAGUGCCAGCACAUCAAAUGUGGCCAAACUUGAAGAGAUGGAGCGUCUGCUGCGAGAGGCUCAGGCAGAGAAGAGCCGCCUUCUCGAACACAAGGAGCGAGAGAUGGAAAUGCGAAAGCAGGCACUGGAGGAGGAGAGGAAAAGAAGGGAGGAACUGGAGAAAAGGCUACAGGAGGAGACGAGCAGGCGCCAAAAACUCAUUGACCGUGAGGUGAAACUGCGAGAGAAACAAAGGGCACAGUCCCGGCCAUUAACGCGGUAUCUGCCAGUGAGAAAGGACGACUUUGACUUGCGGGCUCACAUUGAGUCAGCGGGCCACAGCGUAGACACGUGCUUCCACUUGUCCAUCUCUGAAAAGACCUGUCGAGGCUACUUGGUCAAGAUGGGAGGCAAAAUCAAAACCUGGAAGAAACGCUGGUUUGUCUUUGACCGCAACCGACGCACACUCUCCUACUAUGCAGACAAGCAUGAAGUCAAGCUGAAAGGAGUCAUCUACUUUCAAGCUAUUGAAGAAGUGUAUUACGAUCACUUGAAGAAUGCACAUAAGAGUCCCAACCCCUCCCUGACCUUCAGUGUUAAGACUCAUGAUAGGGUCUACUACAUGGUUGCUCCCUCUCCAGAGGCCAUGAGGAUCUGGAUGGAUGUAAUCGUCACAGGCGCUGAGGGAUACACCCAGUUCAUGGUGUAGUGAAGGGGUUACGGCUGUAGGAAAUGCCAACAUGUCAUGGCUCUUUGUGCUUUUAAAGAUUAAGUUUUCCAUUUCUUUUUUUUUUUUUUUUUAAAUCCUUGGACGUAGUGUCUGGAUGGAUGUUGUUGGCAUCUCUGCUGAAGAAUGAACGUUCAAAAAAAUUUUCAACAUUUUAUCUGCAUCAUUUGGAAGAUGGGCAGGGUUUACAGUUGUAUGUGGAGUAUUCAUGUGAAACUGUGUGCAGAUAUAAAAUAAUAAUUGUAACAUUUUAGGCAGUCAGGUUCGGUCCAAAAGAAGUAAUGAAGUUCAGGAGAUCUGCAGUGGUGCUAUGAUAUACGACAGUGCCUUGCAGUGGGCUCAGGUAUAUCUCAAGGAUUUGCUCAAGUGUGACUAAUGUUAAAAAAUGUUGACCUGACUUUAUGAUUAUAUGAGCCAUAACCCAUUUUCUUCAAAGAAGAGCAGACUAUGACUUAUUGGCUCUUUUUUUAGCCAGCUAGUUUGAGUUCUGUAUUAUGUCCUUAUCAACAUCUCGUUAUUAACAUCAAUCAGAGUUACAUAACAGUGAUUCAAUAUCUGUGUUUAGAAAUGCUCAUUGUCAAACAAACCUUAAAUAACUUUAAUCAGUCAUGGAAGAACUUGUGGUAAAUUUUGCGAUGGGGUUUAAUCAAUGUUAGAUCAUCGUGUGUCGUAAUCAUUUUUAUUCCAUUUCAUGUGUACAGAAUAAGUAAUGCAUAUUAAUUUAGUAAAGGUAGUUGAGAAAAUGUAUUUUAAAUUUAAACUUUUUUUCAUCUUGAUUUAAUUUCAUGCAUCAUCACUGUGGCAUUCUCAGAUCUUAACUGUUUGCAUGGAAGUGCAUGCAUAUGAUUGUGUGAAUUUUUUACACAUAUGUGCUGAAGAGGUGCCUGUUUUAUGUGCAUACUUUAUGUACAUACAUUUACUUUGAGCUUCUUAUGAAGCCCCAAGGUGCUAUUCUUACUUGGUGAAUGACACUAAUAAUCCCAGCCACAUCAAAUUUAAAUUGGGGUAUAAUUAUACACUUUUAUGAUUAACACUAAUUUUUAAAAUAGUUUAUUGUGUCACCCCAGACUCAGAAUUGAAACUUAAAUAACUGUUAAAUUAUCAUUAGCGUCAGGUGACUUUUUAUUUUUCAGUAUAAGGAGUUGAAUAAGCAAGAGGAAUAAUGAAUUUUAAUAAGGCGCAGAGUUGUGAUAUUUGUACAUUUUGUUUCUAAGCUGUAGUUCAUUUAGUUAUUACAGUUAAUGAUGCAUUAUCGACUAAAGACUCCCAUAUGUGCCUUUUCAUUAUCAUAUUUUGUGUGACAAUAUUUUGACAUGCCUGUUAUUUUAUUAUAUUUUUAAGAGCUACAUGUAUCUAUAUACUAAAUGCUAAUUUGUCUGUGGUAAGAAAAUAUGCAAAUGUGGAAACGUGGUCCUGAAUGGUUUUAUCUCGUAGGAUUAAGCUGUCUUUUAAGAUGACAAGCAGACUCUAUGGUACACACGCCCAAUUAAUAGGCAUUUAGUAAUAAAAACAGUCUGAUUAUUGUGCAGCUUUGGUCCACUAGCUUUCAUUGUAUUGCUUUUACUACCAUCAAUUUAAUAUAUUGAUUAAACUGACUAUUCCACAUUGAUCACUAAAGCUGCUUUGAUAUUAUAUAUCAUACUCCAUACUACAACUGCAAAAAAUCAGUGAUGAGUGCAUCAUUUUGCCUCAUGGCAAUGCUAUCUGUUUUGUUUUACUGACCAAAGUACAUGUUCAUGUGGUGUGAUAUAUAUGUGGUUUCUUUGCUUUGACUUCUCUUUGUUAAGUACAAUAAGAUCAAAAUGAUGUUUUUACAUGACUUACUGAGCACAUGGGUAUUUUCCACCAACUAAAGGAGCUGUUACGAUGGAGGUUCUCAUGAGCUUACAUUUUACUUUUUUUAAAAAUAUUUUUUAAAAUGGUGAUCUUACUAUAUUUAUGUCAAGACCAGUGCAUGUAUCUUUUGUAUUUCCAUAUGAAUAAUAAAAAAUAUAUAUGUUUUUCUUUUCA